GUAAGGAACGUCCUCUGAUCAGGGCUGCUCCAGCUCAGGAAUCACAGUACAAGAUCCUCUGACUCUCUCCUAAGUGACAGUAACUCACGGGGAUAACCGCUAAAUGCAGAUAAGCACAAAUGACAUGGAAGCAAUCUCUGGCAGCGGAUGGUUUCCAGUUCACCAUGCGGCAUAUAAAAACCACCUUUCUGUGCUGGAGGAUCUCAUUGAGUCUUCAGGAAAGGAGAGCCUUGAGGCUAAGACAGAUGACUCUCUUCAAAACACACCAUUGUUGCUGGCCAUCAGAAGUGGUAGCCUGGAGAUGGUGCAUUUAUUGGUCACGCAUGGCGCCGAUAUUACAUAUGUCAACCAUCAUAGACAGGGAGUCAUAGAGAUCUCUGCUCUCCAUAGUCAUCUUGAUCUCCUCAAAUACUUUAUUAGUCUUGACCAUCAGAACUUAAAUGUAUAUAAGAAACUUGUCACUCUGAUUGACUCUGACACACAAGAUGAAGUCCUUGGGGCUUGCUUGGCCAUUUCACAGCUGAUCAGUCCGUCAAAUGAUAGGUUAUGUUGCUGUUUGGACAGAUUUGUAGACAAUGGACUGGUGUCUGGGUUGGUUGAAGUCCUUCGCAAGAAUGUGGCUGACGAUUUAAAGAUAUCGGCCUUAACCUUACUGAAGUGUGUCCUGAGAGCUGAAAAGGCCAAGAGAAAGAUAAUAGAGAACAAUGAGAUUGAAGUGUUCUUGUCGCUGGUCUUCACUGGAUCCAGACUUCUGCUCACUGACGUGAUGGAUUCAAUAUGUGAGUUGGCAAGCGAGAAAGACUUUGCUGAGAAAUUCUCAGCCACCCUCGUUCCAGCCAUUAGGAAAGUGGUUUCCAGCUUAGCACUAGAGGACAAAGAGGAUAUUGUAAAGCCAACUUUUAAAGCCUUAGGCCUACUGGCUGCUGGAUCCACAGUAUUUAAGGACACCAUUGGGAAACAAUCCGGUCUUCUUGCCAUUGUGGUAAAACUGUUCCAGGUUUGUCAGCCCAAGUCCUUACUUCUAGUGUGGAGUGAUGCCGUAGGAAGGAUUGCGGAGGAGAACGUAAAUAACCAAAAUGUUUUCCUGGGUGAGAACAUUGGCUCGUGUCUUCUUCAGAUGUUAAAGUCCAAAACCAAAGAGGUCCAGAUGUCUGCAGUAAAAACACUGCACAGACUUGUAGAUGGAAAUUCUGAUGCACAGAAGAGGAUUAUUGAGUCAAAAAUCUUCUCUCCCCUCGUACAACUGUUCAAGAGAAGCAAAACGCAGCUCACACAGGAGACCAUUGGCACCACAUUGUGGGUUCUGGCUGGAUCGGAUACAGAGACCCAGAGAAUGGUGGCAGCCAGAAUUGGUAUAACUUUGCUGGUUGAGUUUCUCUCCUCCCCGUCUUACAUGCUAAAUCUGAUUGGAGCCAGAGGUCUGACCAUUCUACUGCAAGGACCCUACAACCUGAGAAACGCUGUGAUGUCUGCCGAUGGGACCCGCCAUCUUGUACGCCUCCUGAGAUCUCACCGGGAGGAUGUGGUACUGGGGGCAAUCCAAGCUCUGCAGCAAACCUGCCUGGGAGUCGGUUUUAUGCCACAUGCCAAAAACCAGAACGCCGUGGCUAAUUCUCACGGGCUGAAGUUCCUGGUGGCGUUAAUGAGACACGCUCAGUCUGAGCGCAUUCAAGUAGAGGCGGCGCUGGCAAUCGCAGCAUGCGUUCUAGGGCAUAGUGGAAACCAGGAGCUGAUUGGCAGAAACUCAGAAUUCAGUUACGGGCACAUCCUCCUCCUGCUGCGUUCACCCAAUGAGGAGGUGCACCUGACCGCUGGCUCCGCCUUGGCCGCCUUCGCCUUCAACAGCACCAGCCAGCAAACAGAAAUUGCCCAACGUGGUGGAGUGAUAUGGAGUGACUUUGGCCCAUUCCUACAAUCCACCAAUCAGAAUCACAGGGCUCUUGCGUCCUUUCAGCUGGUGGUGUUAGCGCAUAUCAUUUCAGAUAAGGAUCCAUCCUACACUUGCGCUGUUGGCAUUCAAACUCUGAUUGGUUUGCUGGAAACCGCGCAGUCUAACGACACACUGGCACUGGCCGCGGAUUGUGUAGCCAGAUUAACCCAUGCCAGGACAGGCCUCUCCGCUGCUAUGGUGUCCAUAGAUGUGGUGAACUUGUUGUGUUCACUCCUUUCCAGCCCAUCAGAGCAGGUGAAAGGAUCGGCCGCUAUUGUAUUAUCUUACCUAAGCUUCAAUCACCUGGCAGAGAGACAGCUACUACAGAGAUGCAGAAAGGAUCCAGAUCUCAUGAAGGUUUUAAUUUACUACAAUAAGAAGAAGAGAUUGUCGGAGAGUUUACUCGAGCGAUGGAAACAUAUGAGAGAGCUGACUCUGCCUCCAGUCAGGUGUCCAAAAAUAUUAAUGUCAUCUGCUGGUAGUCACGCAAAGAACAGACCCAAGUUCAAGAAUUCUGCAGCAGGACGCCAGUUUGUCCCUCUUCCAUCUGAAGACUUGUUAUCCGGUUAUCAUCAGGGGGAAGCAACAAAGAAAAAUCACUUGUUAUCACUUUAACAAUGUCCUGGUUGCUUCUACACAACUGUAAUGAUACAAUGCCACUGAUCACCUGCAACCUGUAGCACAAAUCAGAGAACACACCAGUGGGCUAUAGAUACACUCAGGUCCAUCCGUGAACGCAGUUAUCUUUUGGCGCCCUCCAGUGUGGGCAGCUGAUGUCUUCCUCUGUGCUAUGCAGCAAUAUUAGAUUGUAAGCUCCAUUCGUCUGAAUAUAUGUGCCUGACAACUGCUGCACUAUGGCAGUUUAUCGCAGCGGUGCGAUCUGGUCAGAACUGAAGCCGAAGGCCGUCGGGCCGCUACGAUCGCCUCUGCCUGAUUGACAGGCAGAGGCGGUCGCUGGGCGGGGGGGGGGAUUAGAACGGCGGCGUAUGGCUGCCGUUUCGUGGGCGCGGUCCGGCCAACGCAGGCGUGGCCGGACCGAACGGGGAACGGGCCGCAGCGGCUGCGUG